AUGGCUGGGAACAUGAAGGCACCCUCCGCUGUGGCGUCCAGGCACCCGCCGGACAGGAAGGCCAGGGGUGGCUGGCCCGGCAGAGCCCGGACCUGGGAGGACUCCGAGCACCAGGCGAAGAAGCUCAGGGGCAGCGAGGAGGAGCCACGCUCCUGGCUGCCCAAGCCGAAGAUUGUGCUGCUCCUGGCCUAUGCCGGGAAGGAUUACAAUGGCAUGCAGAGGAAUGCUGGGUCCUCACAAUUUAAGACAAUCAAAGAUGACUUGGUGUCUGCCCUUGUCCGCUCGGGCUGUAUCCCUGAAAAUCAUGGCGAAGACAUGAGGAAAAUUUCCUUCCAGUGGUGCGCCCGGACAGACAAGGGUGUGUCUGCAGCUGGUCAAAUAGCGUCCCUGAAAGUGUGGCUGAUUGAUGACAUUUUAGAAAAGAUCGACAUCCAUCUUCCAUCUCACAUUCGGAUUUUGGGACUGAAGAGGGUGACGGGUGGCUUUAACUCCAAGAACAAGUGUGAUGCCAGGACAUACUGCUACAUGCUGCCCACUUUUGCCUUUGCCCACAAGGACCGGGACGUGCAGGUUGAGAUCUACCGCCUGAGCCCUGAGACACUGCAGCGAGUCAACAGGCUCCUGGCCUAUUAUAAGGGUACUCACAAUUUCCACAACUUCACCUCGCAGAAGGGGCCAAGGCCGCCCGGCGCAGAGAGUUACAUCUUGGAGAUGUUCUGCGAAGAGCCCUUCGAGUGGGAGGGCCUGGAGUUCGCUGUCAUCAAGGUGAAGGGGCAGAGCUUCAUGAUGCAUCAGAUACGGAAGAUGGUUGGCCUGGUGGUGGCAAUCGUGAAGGGCUACGCCCGAGAGAGUGUCCUGGAGUGCAGCUGGGGGGAGAAGAAGGUUGAUGUGCCCAAGGCACCAGAGCUUGGCCUCUUCCUGGAGAGGGUGCACUUUGAGAAGUACAAGCAGUGCUUCGUCAAUGAUGGGCUGCACGAGCCUCUGGACUGGGUGCAGGAGGAAGGCAAGGUUGCGGCCUUCAAGGAGGAGCACAUCUACCCCACCAUCUUCAGUAUCCAGAGGGAUGAGAGGUCCAUGGCCCAGUGGCUCAGUACACUCCCUGUCCAUGACUUCAGUGCCACUGCCCUUGCAGCAGCUGGCACAGGCACCAAGGUAGGGGCUGGGUCAUGGCAGGGUUAG